CCAAAUCCUCGUGCGCUUAUCUCCAUUUGUCUCUUACUCAGUUACUCUCUCUCUCUCUCUCACACACACACACACUAUUCAAAUAAUUUUUUAUGUUCCCCCCAUAUAUUAAGCGUGCGGGUAUUUGUAUUUUCCUUCGUUUGAUAUCGAACAUAUUUGAAGAUAUUGAUAUUCAAUAAAAAAAAGGAAGAAUAUGAUUCGUAAAAUAAAUUUGCUUAAUUGGUGAGAGAAAGUGGGGUUUUUUAACUGGAAGGGAUGAUGAAUUUUCACAUCUUUUUUGCUAUUUUCCUAUUAAAGGUGUAGCUGAAUAAUCUGAUGUAUUAAGUGACAUUUAUUAUUCCAGUAGAUAUAGUGUAGAGUUUACCAAAUAGCAAGUAUAUAUAAUUCGUAAAACAAAAAAGAAAAUGAUAAAGAUAAAUAAAGAAAGAAAGUAAGUAUAUAUACAUACAAGAUCCGCAUAUGCAUUUUCGCAGCAAGCUAUAUUAAUGCUGUCGGUUGUGGUCAUUAGUAACUCAAACGACUUUGCAGCAAAUAAAAUUUGAAUCUUGGUUGUCUCCUUUAAAUCUCCUCUCAAGGUCAGCAGCUAGUUACAGAGAGAGAGAGAGAGAGAGAGGAGAGAGAGAGGGCAUACAAAUUGGAUCUUGGACAACUAUAUUUCGUUUUCCGUUCAUAAUUUUCGGCCACAUAUUGAUGGUAAUACUUCACUGGAUCUGGGUUUUCUUGGUUUUUCCAAAAGGGGAAAAUUUAGUGAAGAGAAUUGCUUGUGACCCACUAAUUGAGUAGCAUUUUGUGUUUGGAGAAUUUUGGCAGUUUGAAGCAUAGAAAGGAGUAGUAAAAAUUGGGGAGGGUAGAGUGAUUGAUUGUGUAUCUAUGAAGGAAAGGGAAAUUGUGAUAAAUAUUGAGAAUUGUGAGGAAAAUAUGAAGCAAGAAGAUGUUUUAGAUGGGAAUGAGUGUUCCUUUAAGGUGGCUAUGCCUAUGAGUGUGGAUAGUGAAAAACCAGUAAGAAAUGGUAAGGAUGGGAAGAGUAGGAAGGAGAGAAGGUCUACUAUGAGUGCUAAGAAGCCUCCCCGGCCUCCUCGAGGUUUGUCGUUGGAUGCUGCUGAUCAGAAGCUCAUCAAGGAGAUCUCCGACCUUCUUAUGAUCAAACGCGCUAGGAUUGAACGCCUCAAGGCCUUGAAGAAGACCAGAGCUGCAGCGAAAGGGAUGUCUUCAUCGCCUUCCUCUGCUGGCAGCUUCAUAGCUAUGCUCUUCACACUUGUGUUUUGCAUCCUCAUCAUUUUUCAGGGUUGCCACCCUUGGGGGAAUUUUACGAGGAACGCCUCAGACGUAGGCAACUCUAUUUCACCAAUGUCGAAUGAGGAAACGAGGAAUUUAUCCGUGCAUAUGUUGUCUUCAAAUCUACUGGUUCCAGCCUCGAAUAAUAUUGGUGAAGGUGGAAGAGCCAUCCGUUGAUACAAUUUUUGGCCGUUGAUCGCGUCCCUUGAGACCACACGCGAUGCAUAAUGCAGUGUGCGCGUGUGCAUAGAGAUGUGUGCAGACGCGCACGCUGCGUUUAUGUGUGGGUAGGCAACAUUGCCUGGGUUGUAUGUUGAGGUUUCUUUGCCUGAUUUCUGGGAUCUCUGCUUCGGGCAUUAAGGGAAUCCAUGUGCUUAGAUCCAGGAAUUAAGCUAUGUACAUUUAUGUAUCUCAUCUUAUAUAUACUUUCAUUUCCAUGAAAAUAAAUACUAGUUAUAAAUAGCAUCUCAUCACCUUUGACUUGCUUUCUUCAUCA